UAAAAAUGAUAUUUAAUAUCCUGUAUUGACUACAAUAGAAAAUGUGUGGAAAAAAAUAACAAUUGCACAAAAUUCGGGAGAAAUUAAAGCGCGUUCUACCGUAAUGCACAGUACGGCACACACACACACACACACACACACCGCAGGUACUAAACCAUUUAGUACGGUAGUGUGUGUCUUUUUGGUGAUUUGGACUGAACUCAAGUCACGUGCUCCAGGACAGGAGCCAAUCAGGAGCCAGCCAACGAGAAAGAAACAGUGAGAGAAAGAGAGAGAAAGAGAGAGAGAGAAGGAGGAGGUCACAAAAGAGAGAGAGUAGGGGAGAGAGAGAGAGAGAGAGACGAGAGCAAAACAUCAAAAGAGGCGAAGCACGCUGUACCAUGCGAGCUCGCGCUCGAAAAUCCCAAUGUCGGAUCCACGGUGACGCGCAUCAUCUUCAUCACCACCACCACCACCGCCAUCAUCAUCAUCACCAACAUCAUCACCAACAUUAUCACCAUCGAUCGCCCCGUUUUGCGAAGGAAACGUGUUUUUUUUCCACCGGAGGAACUUCGCAGGAACACGGAGGUUCCGCGCGCGGGGAAACAUGGCCGAAGGUUUUUACCCCGAUUUUGUUUCCUCCUCUUCUUCUCUUUCUUCUUCUUCCUCUUAGAAAAAUAAUGAACAAAAAAAUGCAAUUGUUCACCAUUUCACUUUCAUUUCGCUCUCUCGGGACGGAGCACCGGGUCUCGGUAGUUUCACUCAGUUGUUUUGUGCACGCGCGGGUUUGUUUACGCCGCGCGAUCGCACGCGCGAUUGGGGGGGGAGCGGUUCCUUUUUUUAUUUUCUUUCUUUUUCUUCGCCCUAGAAUUAAGAUGCUUAAAGGUGAGGGGUCAUUAAGGGGGGGUGGUAUCGUGUCGCACGCGCACCUGACCGUCACACACACACACACACACACACACACUAUACAAAAUAAAAAAAGAGGGGGAGAAAACGUGCUCGUGAUUUACGGUACGCACGUGGAAGUCGUGUAAAGUUAGUUGUUGUGGAAUUGAGCGAUCGCAUCAGCAGGGGGUUCAUACAGCCGUGUUCCUCACAUGCAGCUGAGCUCCUGGGUGAUGGUGGUUCCCCGGUGGUGCACACACAUGAUUAGAUGUGAUGUAUCUCAACACACACCUUGUUCGGAGGAAAAUGGGAAUUUCCAUGUUUCGCCCACACACGUUGUGUGUGUGUGUGUGUGUGAUGUCUUUUCAACCAAGCAAAACUCCAUGUUGCUGCAGGUCUACAUCACUAAGCAGUGUGUUUGCUCUGUUUGACCCUGUAGGGAGGCCCGGCGGAGACACCGCCAAGUGCCCGGGGCAGGAGGAGCGGAGCCCGGGGCAGGUCCUGGCUGGAUCGGGCUACUGCAAAUGGUUCAAUGUGCGCAUGGGAUUUGGAUUUAUAUCGAUGACCCACAGCGAGGGGCGUUCAGUGGAGCCUCCAUUAGACGUCUUUGUUCACCAGAGUAAACUGGUGAUGGAGGGAUUUCGGAGCCUGAGGGAAGGCGAGCAUGUGGAGUUCACCUUUAAAAGGUCCAGUAAAGGGUUGGAGUCACUCAGGGUAACGGGGCCCGGGGGCGGACCCUGCUCCGGCAGUGAGCGACGCCCUAAAGGCAAGGCCCCGCCCCCGAAACGCAAACCAAAGGGAGACCGGUGUUAUAACUGUGGAGGUCUGGACCACCAUGCUAAAGAGUGCAGUUUGCCACCUCAGCCAAAGAAAUGCCACUACUGUCAGAGUGUGACCCACAUGGUGGCCCAGUGUCCCCACAGGGGGGCAGCAUCACCCAGCAGCUCUCAGGAUCCCCGUCUGCCCCGAGACGACACCCACUCUUCAUCUCCAGAGGACACGCCUCCCACCUCUCAGCGCAGGAGGACGCCUCGAGACUGACUGCAGACUCUAACCUUUGACCUCAUUUUGAGAGAGCCUGGAUCCAGCAUCAUCUACCUCACACGCUCGAGGAACAAGGGAGGUCCUCGCUUCCUGCGCAGCUAUGGCUAUGGCAACAGCCGCGUGUGUGUGUGUGUGUGUGUGUGUGAGAGAGAGAGAAGACCCUGACUUUUUGCCCUCUAUGCAACUAUUGCACAGGUUAUCAGGGGGUAACUGAGUGUCUGUGUGUGUGUGUGUGUGUGUGUGUGUGUGUGUGUGUGUGUGAAGUGGGAGAUCAAAAUCCGUAGUCAUCACGUAAACCUCAUGCCGUCUUCAAGCUGCUAAUUUCGAUCAAACUGCUAUCACGAGUUACGGAGUUACAAUCAACGUUUUUCUUUUUAAACAUGGACAUUCCCUGUUUAAAAACUCAAAUCAAUCCGCUUUAAUGAACCAGGCUGCUCGUGAGCGUCGACCAAAAGCACGGGCUACACGCUAAUGCUAAUGCUAAUGCUGCAGCUACAGAACAACCAAUUGGAACAAUUUACCGCCGAGUCAUCAGUAACACACUGGUCGAUUUGAAAACAUGGGAAAAAAAACCCAAUAUAUUUUAUCCGGUAUUUUUUGGUUUUUGGUUUUACACUCAAAGUUUGGAUCAAAGUUUGUCGACAUGGAAAUUGUUGUGAUCACAUGACAAUCACACAGCAACGUUUUCUGUUCACCUAAAGUGCGUUUUAACAUGAAAGCAGUUUGAAGUAUCCACUUACACCGAAACCGGAGCGAAUCGGAAAAAAGACGAACAUUUAAAAAUAAGAUGCGUUUUUUUAAAUAUCGUCUGUGCUUUGCAAAUGCAGUUCAUGUCAAAGUUGCUGAAUUCACAAUCAUUUUUCUGCAUUUAAAGAAAUCAGGUGGAACUAAUUAAUCGUUAAAAUUUAAAUUAAUUGAAGUUAAUCCUUUUAAUACUAGUAAAAUAACUCGGCUUUGAGCUUUAAUCUGUGAACGAAGCCAAAGUGUGUGUGAAUGUGCGGAGGUUGUGUGAGUUUCUCUCGAGGAUUAUUGGUGAAUUCCAGCUGUUCCAAACUCAUGGCUUUACAUAGACAUAAACGUCUAAAGGCAUUAGAUCAAUAGUGUGGGGUUGUUUUGUUGCAUGGUGACCGACAGUACCGACGCUUAAACCUUAAUAUAUGUCCUUAAAAAAUUAUAUGAAAAAAUAUGUAUAUAAAAGCUAGAUAACUGAAAUAGUUUCUUUUCUAGCUGUGGCAUUGAGUCAUUCAGUCUCAGCCGAGACACGAUCACAGACCCAUUUCAAUUAAAUUCAUAGCUAGAGACUGGCGUUAAUAUAAAUGAACAGAGAACAUAAAUAUGACUCCUCACUAGCAUGAUAGUUACCUAAUGUUUUCCAUUGAUCCAUCGCUCUUGUCCACACGUUUACGGAAAAUGUCGCCUUUUUUUAUUUCAGACACACAAAUAAGGAUUGAAAUGAGCACAGCAGCCCAGUAGGUGGCGAUGGUCAUAAAUCGUUCAGUCCAGCGCCUCGAGAAUAACAGGAUUUGCGUAAAUGCAGUCUUCAAGCACCACAAAAUCCUUCACAUGAAUCUUACUGUCAGGCCGAACUCCACCACAGCGAUCAUGCUAAGGGCUAAAAGUGACAUUUAAUGGCACAAUAUCGGAAAUGUCUGCGCACAAAAGAACCACGUUUCAGUCCGACCUUUUUCUAAAUGUUUACAUUUUAACACGUUUUUAUUAGUGACUCACAAACCCCUAUAUAAACUGCUCUGUCUGUAGAUGUGUGGAGACUGGGACUGCUUCCUUUAGACAGGGACAUGGAACUGAUCAUGCGUGACACUAAGACAGACCAGUGUCUGAUGAUGACAGUCAGCCGGUUGCACCUGUACGUCUGCUUUGAAUCAUUUACUCUGUGAACUCUCAGCCAAUGGGAUUUCAUACAUGAAGUAGCUUUUUAGAACUGGACUGUGAUGACGUGUGUGAAGGAGCUUCAGUGUCAAUCUCAAUAACGAUACUCUGACUCAUCAUGAACGCCAUCCUGUCUCUCUUAACACGCGGCCCAUAUUGAGGAGUGUGUGUGUGUGUGUGUGUGUGUGUGUGUGUGUGUGUGUGUGUGUUUGCGUGCAGUUUCACCCAGAGAGAGAAACACAGUGCUGCUUUUCAUAAUCACUUGAACUGGCACAAAAAAAACGUGUGCAACUGCGACGCCUCUCCUCUGACCACACUGAAUGUGAAAAGUUCUUGAACUCGCAGCUGGUUCCAUAAACCUUUUUAAAAAAAAUUUUUAUUUUGGAAAACAUUUUGUGUCGACAAAUCCAACAUUUACACACAGCAUACCGUAUUUUCCAGAAUAUAAGACUUGAUGCGCUAAUUUUUUCGUAUUUAUUUAUUCUUUUUCUGCCGUUAGCUUUGCGCUACCAUAUAAAUACUAAUAACGUUUACAAAACUCACUAAUGGAAUUCCGUCAUCAAAGGAAUCCAGUGAAUAGGAGCGUUAGCACACUAGAAGGACAUUUACAAAAGCACACACUAUCUAUCUCUUUGACGUGCUGGACACCUCAGAUACCUCGCUUUUCAUCAAAGCACUAUACUAUCAAAUGUUUUGAGAGGAAGCUCACAAGACUUGUAUUUAGCUUGAGUCUGGAAGUAAUCUUGGAUAGCUUGUUACUGUUUUUACCCCUGUUUGUGUCCAAUUAGUAUUUUUCUCAAAAGUCGCUGUUGUGACAUUAAAGCGAAUUUGUUCUGCGCUCUAGCUAGCUUCCAUCGUGUUCAGAUAUUGUUAAAAGUCUGGUACAUUCGGUCAAAAGAUUUAGAGGAAGAGGAUAUUUGAAUAGCAUUUUAGUAUUUCAAGAAUGGACGAGACCAACUAGAGCCCCUAGGAGUUAGUGAUUAGCUAACAAUUGUUUAUGUUUUCAGCAUUUUUAAAAUGACAUUUAUGUGAACUAGCUAGCUAAAGUUAUUUCUCGGCGCUAGUUAGCUAUUAAUCUUGCAAGGUGUCGCUUGACUGACAUGAAAGAACCAUUCGAUUAAGUUCAGACUUGCAAACUAAUAUUUAUCUCGUACAUCAGGUAGCUUGCUCCAGAGCGACUUCUGGAAAAUACGGUAUACGUACUGGUUUUAUAAAGAAUAAAUCAGCUCUAUUUUGGUAUAGAUGUUUAUACCAAAGAUGACAACUGUGCUGAAGUCAUGUUAAGUGUGGAAGUUCUGCGUCAAUCUCUCGAAACAUGAAACGAACAGAAGGUCUGACACUGAUGUGGCACGCAGUGUAUCGACUGCACGAUUAUUAUGUUUCUGUGUGCAUGCGUGCGUUCUAUUUAAUCGAUCGAAGAAAAAAAACAAAACACAAAAAAACUGCAAUCCGUGAGAGAGAGCACAGUUAUAUUAUACUGCCUAUUUUUUUACCCACAAUUCCUCUCAGGAUGAACUUCUCUCAGGGAACGAAUGGAGUAACUGAACUGAUCGUAUUCUCUUGGGAAGACUGUGCCGUUUUCUUCAACGCAAAACCUCAUCACUGUUGAUUUUCCACACAUGCAGUACAACAACGUGCUGAUCUAUUAACAACUACCUCUUUGAGUUUUACAUAGUCAUGCGUUUGUUUCAUUCGUCUGUUUGUUUUUGUUUCAUGGGGUUUUUGCUUUUUGUUUUCUGUGUCAUAUAUGAAUGUUUUAUUUCUAUGGUAAUACGUUUGUUUACAGUAAAAGCCUACCUCAUUUUCUCUGUUCAUCUCGGCCUGUAUGAGGUCAGCGUUUGAGGUUCUGUCCUGAUGUUCUGAGCCGCUGUUUGUGGAGAGAAAAUCAGACAGAGCGCCGUAUUCAUCUCUGAUAAUAUCAGGCUUUAGCAAUUUUUGCAGUUUAUACAUGGAAUAGUGAUGUGUGUUAGUGUAAAGCUGGGCAUACACUACACGGAUUCUAAAAAUUACACAAACAAACAAACGUAAUGUUUUAUAAAAAUACAAAAUCCUAAUCUUUAUGAAAUUAACACAAUUAGAAAAAAAUUAUCGUCAAUAUAUCGACUUUCAUAAUGCGAUAACGAAGCAUUAUAGAAUCAUAGGAUGCUCAUAUCUCCAUGUAUUGAUUCUCCAUCCUGGCACAGUAGAAUGCUGUCAAGAAUUCAAAGCAUCAAAAGCAUUGAAAAUGCACGUGUUUAAAUGUAAUUUACUAAAAGUUUUACCAAUUUUAAUAAAAAUAAUUAAAAUUUGCAUUCAGAAUUUGGAGUAAUGCUGCAUUUCCAUUGUAGCUAAUAAAAUUCAGAUCUGCCGUUCUAUUAUUAUAUUUCAAUUCGAUGAUGAACAUAUUUAAAACAAAGCACACAUUUCAUAGCAUUUAAUAUACCAUACUAUAACUGAUCAGAUCUCUUUCACAACUUGCUUUUAAAAUACUGAUACAGUAUAAUGUUCAGCUUGAAUGGAGAAGAAAAUGUUACGCUAUAGGAAGAAUUUUCAUUAUUAUUGCAGAAAGAACCUAAAUAACAAAUGUUCUGCACUUGUUUAACUUUUAAUCGAAUGUAUUUAGAUAAAGGCAGGAAAAUACUAAAAACUUAGCAAAACUAUCGAUGAACUUCAUUCGUUUCUGAUAACUCCAAUCCUGCUAAUUACAACUAAUAGCUAACAAUAAAAUAUGAUAAACAUAUGAAAAUAUUGAUGAUGUAGGUUAAGAGAAUGAAACAUAGUGUUAAUCAGUGCAGUUUCGAGUAAUUAAUUUACAAUCCUUUUGAAAAAACAUUAAACUAGCAUGCUAACAUCUUGACUAGCAACACUACUGCUUCACUGUUUACAGUGAGACUAAAUCACUGAGACACAAUAAACAUUUGGCAGUUUUACAAGUGAAAUUUUUGCUGACAGCAACAAAUAUUUUUAGAUCUUUUUUUUUUUUGAUGAUUUGCUAUUUUUGGAUUUUAAAAAAGGAUAAAAAAAAACAAAAGGCUAACAGUCCUAUAGUGUUUGUCCAGCUAAACACUUUAGUGGAAGUGUAUUAACACUGAUCGUCCAUCAUGUGAUUUACUCCACAUGAACAUCUCAGCGUUAGAAUCAUUAAUAAAACAUUUUUCUGAUUUAACUGUUUUUCAAGUAUGAAAGUAUUAAUUGACACUGAAGGUAUAGAAACUAACUCAGUCGUUUAGGAAGUGCCAGUAAGUACAGAAUUGUUUUUAUCUUUGUCACUGGAGUGCCUGUUCUCAUUGCCAUCAAUGAAGUAGUAUAGUGUUAAAACUGCCUUUAAAAAAAGUCUAAAAUCUUAGGAAUUCUUGCAAAUGGCCUUUAGUUGUAAGCUGUUCAUAUUAAUACACAAAUAUAACUGUUUAGGCAUGAGCCGACUCGAAGCGUUUACUUCAGUUCAUCCUAAUUUCAUAAUCUUUUAUCAUAAUUUCCCAUGUUAUUAUUAUUUUUAUAUUAUUUAUACAUUUAUCAGUACUUGUACCUUUUGUUUUUUGUCACACAGAUGACUAUUUAGACAAAUGAAGCGAGUCAACUGACUAAUGAAAUGUAGAGAAAUCGACAAUACUUUAAAGGAUACAUGAUAUUAACAAUAUUUUAGCGUAAGGGUGUAUUGUUUAAUCAAUUAUCAGGUUAAUAAUCAUGUAGUCUUGUACUAAAAGUUCAUCUACAUUCAUGUACAUUUGAUUUCAGCUGCUUUUUUCAGAGGAGGAGUUGAAAUACACCGGUGUUACAUUCGUUAAAUUAUUAAAACAUUAAUUUUACGUUAUUAAAACAUUAUUAAACAUUCAUUACGCAUGUGUUGUGUGGAAAGUUGGUUUUUUCAGUUUAUUGCUGGAUAGAAGAGCAUUAAUGCAAUAAAUCAGGUUCGGACCUCUUUGUCAACAUUUUGAAAUACAGCUUGUUCCCUUUGAAUUUUUCCGACAAUGAAAUCUCAAGCAUUUUUAGAGGAAACUCUGUCAGGUUUUUCAUUUUGGGUUUUCUUUCAAAUAGAUUUGUAAAAUUUUAACCUGUUCUCUGUGUAACAGUAAAACUCUACAAGUUUAAUACAAAAUCAUUUGUUGGGCAAAACCCCAUUCUAACUACCAGUUUUGUUUCUUUGUUCUUUUUUUCUCCAUUUAAAACCCCAAUAGUCAUUUUGUCUGUGUUUUAAGCAUUGAAGGAUUUUUUAACUCAAAUGUCACUUCUUAUCCCACUUCUGCUUUAAAAGUCUGUAUGAAACUUAUGAGGGAGUUUUCUGGUAUUGACUGAUCUGAAUAAAGUAGCGAUGAGAAACUAAUUUGGACCUAGAUGAAAGUGUACUUUAGGCAGUUCACCAUAUAAACCCCAAUGAACUCAGUGAACUCUUUUGCCCUCUCAGAGCUCAUAUAGUAACAUUCACUCACCUGCAUAUUCCUGUUCAAUUAAAUUAAAUUAAUCCUGUCUUUCUUUGUCUUUUAUUUUCAAAGCAUAUCACUCAUUGUAUCCUCAUUAUCUGGUCUGUGAAUUCUUGUUGAACUAUGUUACUUUUGAAGAUUAAUUGAUUGAAAUUAAACCUGCUAUAUCGAUGCUAA